AAGAAGAAGAAGAAAAAGAAGAAGUUGCAGUUUGGGAGUUUGCAGGUUUGUUGUCUCCCAGAAGGUCUCGUAAUGCUUCGUGCUGUGGUUUCUCGGUCGUUCCCACGACUGAUCCGAAUGUCAGUCUGCUCUUAUGGGACCGCAAUCCCAGCACCGAACCCGCAGCCUGAGGUCCAUUUUAACAAGCUGUUUAUAAACAAUGAGUGGCAGAAUGCAGUAAGUGGAAAAACUUUCCCCACUGUCAAUCCAUCAACYGGGGAGGUCAUCUGUCAUGUUGCCGAGGCCGAUGCGGCAGAUGUAGACAAGGCAGUGAAGGCAGCYCGUGAUGCCUUCAGGUUGGGCUCUCCAUGGCGCCGGAUGGAUGCCUCUGAUCGUGGUCUGCUGCUCAACAAGUUAGCUGAUGCUAUUGAGAGGGAUUCUGCCUACCUGGCUGAACUGGAGACUCUGGAUAAUGGGAAGCCAUAUGCCGUUGCCUACUCUGUGGAUCUUCCCAUGGUGGUUAAAUGUCUUAGGUAUUAUGCAGGUUGGGCUGACAAGUUUGAGGGGAAGACCAUCCCUAUUGAUGGAGAAUACUUCUGCUACACCAGACAUGAACCUGUUGGAGUCUGUGGGCAGAUAAUACCUUGGAACUUCCCUCUAAUGAUGCAGGCCUGGAAACUGGGUCCGGCCCUGGCGACUGGGAACACUGUUGUGAUGAAAGUUGCAGAGCAGACUCCUCUUACAGCUCUAUAUGUGGCCAGUCUUAUUAAGGAGGUUGGUUUUCCUGAAGGUGUUGUGAACAUCUUGGCUGGAUUUGGACCAACAGCUGGUGCUGCCAUUGCAAAGCAUAUGGAUGUGGACAAGGUGGCCUUCACUGGAUCCACAGAUGUGGGUCAUCUAAUCCAGCAGGCUUCUGGCAGUAGCAACCUGAAGAAAGUCACAUUGGAGCUAGGAGGGAAGAGCCCUAAUAUCGUUCUGUCUGAUGCCAACAUGGAAGAUGCUGUGGAGCAGUCCCAUUUUGCCCUGUUUUUCAACCAGGGUCAGUGCUGCUGUGCUGGCUCUCGGACAUAUGUUCAGUCAAACAUCUAUGAUGAGUUUGUUGAGCGCAGUGUGGAGCGCGCUAAGAAAAGAGUGGUGGGAAACCCGUUUGACUUUAAGACUGAGCAGGGCCCUCAGGUGGAUCAGGAUCAGUUCAACACUGUUCUGGGCUACAUCGACGUUGGAAAGAAAGAAGGUGCCAAGCUGAUGUGUGGAGGAGGAGCAGCUGCAGACAAAGGAUACUUCGUCCAGCCUACUGUGUUUGGAGAUGUCCAGGACAGCAUGACCAUUGCCAGGGAAGAGAUCUUUGGUCCGGUGAUGCAGAUCUUGAAGUUUACGUCCUUGGAGGAAGUAAUCACAAGAGCCAAUGAUACUAAAUAUGGACUAGCAGCUGCUGUUUUCACAAAGGACAUCGAUAAAGCCAACUACGUGUCCAGUGCACUCCGUGCUGGCACAGUUUGGGUAAACUGCUACAAUGCAUUCUCACCUCAAGCUCCAUUCGGAGGUUACAAGGCUUCAGGGAAUGGCAGAGAGKUGGGAGAGUAUGGCCUUGAAGCCUACACAGAAGUUAAAACGGUGACCAUCAAAGUGCCACAGAAGAAUUCUUAGACGUCCACUGAGAUCUGCUGAGAUGUAUCCAACAGUUAUUCUGCACUAUGGUUGAUUUUAAUACCAAAGACAUCAUGAGGAAAUUGUAUAUCAUAAACGUACAGCCAAGACUAUAAACUAGUCAGUCUGUACUCUUGGGGUUUUUCUUUCAUGUAAUUAUUUCAUAAUAAAUGCAUUUGAAACACUCAACUGUCAUUUUAAUGAUUGUAGAAAAUAAACGGAACCAGUGAAAAGUGA